AUGGCGGUGAAGUUGCCUUCCUUGGACCUCCAGGCCGAAACCAUGGAAAUGAAGCGGACGCUUCAGCAUCGGCGAUCGCUUUUUCGCACUGGUUCGACCGCGCUGAUUCUGUCCUGCGAUCGGCCGGAUGGCAGAGAGCAGUUUGGAAGCCCCGGCAGGCUGUUUUCCGACCUGCCCGAUCCGGAAAGCCUUCGCCGCCGCAUGGAGAGGUUGCCCAGCGUUCCGGGUACGCCGGAAGGGGUGGGUUCCAAGCGAGCAAGUGAUCCGGACGGCCUGGCAUCCUGGCCCCUGUGCAGCUGGGCACGCCCUGGACGAUCCUCGUAG